AUGCCCCCGAAAAGCAAAAAACAUUCUUCAAAGGCAGCCUUUUCCCCCUCUCCUUUAUCAGCCUCCAAAAACCCAGAUGAUGCAGAAAUCAGCAAUCAAGAAGAAGAGCUCUUAUGGGGUCUGGAAGAAGCUUCCAGAAAAUACCCAUCUCUUAUCUCUAAAACCGCUUUUAUUGGUAAAGUGUUUAACAAUGAUGCUGUUCAUGCUUCAAUUGGAACGGAAGCAUUUGAUAUCAAAGGGUGUAAAAUCUGGAUGUCGGAAUCCGCUAUGAUUGCUUCUUCUAUUCUUCCUGGAUCCCUUGUCUCGGUCUCUCUUGCUUCUUCAAGGAAACUUUCGAGUGGCCAUCCUUUGUGCUCUUUAGCAGAUGAAUGUGCAACGCAUUUCGGGUUUGAAUUUACUGAGAAAUUGGCUAAUGAUGUGGGCUGCUACUUCAUUCUUGCAACUGUUUUUCCUUCCAGUAAGCUUGUGAAGGAUGCAGUGCGCUUGUCUCCAAACCUUUUCCUUACCAUGGGUUGCCCUGCCUCAGGCCGGGCUUUGUAUGUUAAUUCCAUUCAGGAUCGACCGGUAAUGGGCGUUGGUGAAUUUGGCAAAUCACACAGAAUUAAUGAUUUUGGUCUUUCAUUGAACAACUGCAAGGAAUUAGAUUUAUCUUUUGUGUCGUCACAAACUAAAUUUGUGGCAAGUAGUAUGUCCUCCAAUAAUGGUCAUUUGACUGAAAGAACAAAUAUUCAAGAUGUAAAUAGUAAGAUUGCAUCCCCAAAGACCCCAUAUUUUUCUCAAUCAAAACUGAAGUCUCCAAUUAGUGGACGCUUCAGUAUGCCAAACUUUGAAGACUCAAGAUCAGAUUCAUCCCGCUUACAAGAGAUGUCAGAGGAUAUAUUUGAUGUGAAGGAUAUUUUAGAGGAUGAUGAUGUCAGAAAACUUUUGCAGACGUGCUGUACUUCAUGGUUAUUUUCUCGAUUUUUGCUGUGUGGAAACCUUUUGGCCAUUCCAAUACUCUCAGGGCUUUGCAUUUUCCAUGUUAUAGGAGUCAGUAGUUUGUCUACAGAAAGUAAGAGAUUGACUGAGAACAGCUGUUGCAACUUGACAUCUCAAAUGGUUGACCAAGUGGAUCAUAUUGUAGAUGCCUAUUUUGUUGAUCGUGGAACCAAAGUUAGUAUACAUUUACCAAGGCAUUCUGCACCGGAAACUCCAUUAAAAAGAUCUUCAAUGUGGUUGGAACCUGUACGUCAGAGUUUCAUUGCUAAGGAGGGAGAUGACUUGCCAAAUUUGGGAGGUCUUACCGUGGAGUUUGGAGUUCUGAAAGAGAUAAUUGUUACAUCAGCAGUCAGGUGUAAUUUAUCCAGUUUGGGCUUGCGACCUACAAAAGGCGUGAUUCUUCAUGGCCCACCUGGAACAGGAAAGACUUCUCUGGUUAGGUUGUGCGCUCAUGAGGCUGGUGUAAACUUAUUUUCUGUCAAUGGACCUGAAAUCAUAAGUCAGUAUUAUGGAGAGAGUGAAAGAGCAUUGCAUGAGGUCUUUGAUUCGGCUAGCAAAGCUGUACCAGCUGUGGUUUUCAUUGAUGAGUUGGAUGCUAUUGCACCUGCACGUAAAGAUGGUGGUGAAGAGCUAUCUCAAAGAAUGGUAGCGACAUUGUUAAAUUUGAUGGAUGGGAUUGGCAGGAGUGAUGGGCUUGUUGUCAUAGCUGCAACUAAUCGGCCUGACACUGUUGAUCCUGCACUUAGACGGCCUGGAAGAUUUGACAGAGAAUUAGAAAUUGGUGUUCCAUCUCCCAAACAGCGCCGUGAGAUACUGCUUGUACUUCUCAGUAAAAUAGAGAACUCUCUUUCAGAAUCAGAUGUUCAGCAUCUUGCCACAGCUACACAUGGUUUCGUUGGUGCCGAUCUAGCUGCACUAUGUAAUGAAGCAGCUUUGGUUUGUCUUAGACGCUAUGUUGAUUUGAGUGUCUCAGAUGUUGGUUCAGAGUGUGAUCCAUCAAUUGAUGUAAAUGAUGGUUGUUCUCAUGCUGAUAUGACAAACUGUUGUGACCUUCCGGUAAAUAAUUUGGAGGAUUUGUCAUCAUCUAUUUCAAAUUUGCAUAUUUCGUCUGAAGCUACAGAUUAUAUCGAAGUAGGUGGGACUUGUGCAUCUGGAACUCCUGUUUUAAGGGUGACUUCUGAAGAUUUUGAAAAGGCUAGGAUGAAAGUUAGGCCAAGUGCCAUGAGAGAGGUAGUACUCGAGAUACCAAAGGUUAGCUGGGAAGAUGUUGGUGGCCAGAGAGAGGUUAAGAUGCAGCUGAUGGAAGCUGUUGAAUGGCCUCAAAGGCAUCAUGAUGCUUUCCAGCGCAUUGGAACUCGGCCCCCUACUGGAGUUUUGAUGUUUGGUCCUCCAGGAUGCAGCAAAACUCUCUUGGCACGUGCAGUAGCUUCAGAAGCUGGAUUGAAUUUCCUUGCUGUAAAAGGUCCAGAACUUUUUAGCAAAUGGGUUGGUGAAUCAGAGAAGGCUGUAAGGUCUCUAUUUGCAAAGGCGAGGGCAAAUGCUCCUUCAAUCAUAUUCUUUGAUGAAAUAGAUGGCCUAGCCGUGAUCCGUGGGAAAGAAAGUGAUGGAGUUUCAGUUUCUGACCGUGUUAUGAGUCAACUACUUGUUGAAUUGGAUGGUUUACAUGAGAGAGUUAAUGUCACCGUCAUUGCUGCGACCAAUCGACCAGAUAAGAUUGACUCUGCUCUUCUGAGACCAGGACGCUUUGAUCGGCUGCUAUAUGUGGGGCCUCCAGGCAAGAAAGAUCGUGAGGAAAUAUUCCGUGUUCAUCUCCGUAAAAUGCCAUGCAGUUCUGAUGUGUCCAUUAAAGAGCUUGCGCUUCUUACAGAAGGUUACACUGGUGCAGAUAUAUCCCUUAUUUGCCGUGAAGCAGCUAUUGCUGCUAUUGAGGAGGACUUUAAUGCAUCAGAGGUAACUAUGAAGCAUUUGAAGGCUGGAAUUAUGCAAGUACCACCGUCUGACAUUUUAUCCUAUGAAGAGCUCUCAAAUAAGUUUCAGAGGCUUGUGCACUCAAGUGCUGAAGAUGUCUAGGAAAGCAAAUUGUCAUCAAAGUAAAUGAACUCAAAUUUCUUUCUGAUAGAAUCAAGUUCUCUUUUGAAGGUUCAAGUGUUGAUCCUAGUCUGCAACACAAGGCAUGCUGCAUUUCGAGGAUGAACCUCUUGGCUUGGAACUUUUCGCCAACGCAUGCAAUGAGAAAUUGCAUGCCAAAAAAGAAGGUUGCAGCUUUUCCAGUGAUGAAAGGUGUACACCUUGAGCCUCGUAGGUCGUGUGGAUGAACCAUUUUGCAAGGCAAUCAAGAACAUAUUGGGUUUUACUGACAUCUCAAAUAAAUUCAAGAAACAUAUUCGAAGAAAUUCUGACCCCCAGUUGGAAUGGUUUGUGGGUUCCGAACAGCUAUAGCAGCCGAACCUAAUAAGAUAGCAAUUACAACCUAGUACUUGGCCGUGGGCUUAGAAACCCCCUAUUUGCCAAUAGAAAUGUUGGCCUACUUCCACACCAGAUAUACUCACAACAUUCUUGGAUUCAUAUGUCAUCAUACUAAAACAAGAAGAUGCUGACCGGUGAUGUGAGAACUUUUGGUCCCUAGAGUUUUAAUAGUUUGUACUGUUGUAUAGUAUGUAUUGGAGCAAUUAGGUUUGGAUAUCCAACUAAUUUAGCUCUUGUUCAUAAUCAUGUGCAGUGAUAUGUAAUGCCACAUGCGUUCCCUUUCC